UACCAGAUAAAUUUGCGCCUCAUCUUGGUAAGCGGGAAAACAAAAGAGUUCCUGUUUUCACCGAAUGACUCUGCUGCAGAUAUUGCAAAACAUGUGUAUGACAACUGGCCAAUGGAUUGGGAAGAAGAACAAGUCAGCAGUCCAAAUAUCUUGCGACUUAUUUAUCAAGGGAGGUUUCUUCAUGGCAAUGUGACAUUAGGAGCAUUAAAACUUCCUUUUGGCAAAACAACAGUGAUGCAUUUGGUGGCUAGAGAGACACUGCCAGAACCAAACUCUCAAGGUCAAAGGAACCGUGAAAAAACUGGAGAAAGCAACUGCUGUGUAAUCCUGUAAAACCUGUUAGCUUUACCUGCUAAGUGUGAUGUAAUAUAGUCUUUGUCUUUCAUGCUGCUGGAAUAGAAGAGGCCCUACCUUGCUUCAGACACCUGUAGGAAGAGCCUGUCUGUAAAUCCAUGGAACUGAAAUAAUACAUGAACACUGUCUCAUUAGUCUUUUUUAAAAAAAAAAAAGUGAAAGAUCUAUGAACACUUUAAUUAUUUUUUUCAAUUCCUCCUUUGUUGAAUAAUCUUACAGUACAUCACUUUUGAAAGAAUUCAAUCUCCAGAAAGGUUUGUGUUCUUUUCCAUAGCAGGAAUCUUUUUGCUACCAUGAAAAUCUGCAUUAACCGGAUCUAACCAGUCAAGCUUUCUAGAUGCAAUUUGCACUAAAUAUGGUUGACAGUAUAUUUCUCUCAACAAUCUCUAACAAUAUUUGAGACAUCUAGUAAUAACCCACAAUGUAUAAUGCAGCACUGGAAAAUAGUAUAUUAAUAAUUAAAACAAAUCUCACUUAUGGCCAAAUCAAAGGAAAAACUGUUCAGUCAAUUCUACCUAAGUCAACCUCGGUGGCCAAACUGGCACAGAAUACUAACUAAACCAAGUCUAACUAUAUAUAUUUUCACUGCAACAAAGAAAAAAUACUAUGUGCCUGUAAUUUAAAAGCACUCUGUAGAGGGCUGAUGAAACUGAUUUUUUUGUUACUGUGUGCACUCCAAUCGUGUGUUAGUUGAGUGCUUAUUCAGACAGCACAAACAAGUGCAGAGAGUGCAUUUCCUAGCCUUAAUAUGGGAGGGGUAGUUUCCUGUAGUUCAUAGGCUUUUAUUAUUGUGCAUAAACGUUAGAAAACAUCAUUUACUAAUCAAUUUUAUGUAUUUGAAUAUUGGCAAUUGGUGUUUUUCAGUCAUUUUUCUCAUCUGUACCUUAGACUCCAGUGUCAUGCUUACUCAUUAGAGAUUUCAAAAUAAUUAUUAAAAUUUAAAAAGCAAAAAGAAAAACUUCUGCCAUAAUACUAGUUUUGUUUCUUUAUGUAAUCUGCAUUUGGUAUUAGUGCUUGCAAUGGUAUUAAAAUCAGAAGCUGAUUUUUGAAGGCAUACAUAAUUGAAAAAGGAUGCCAUUCUUUUAUUUCAUAUCAAUAAUUUAAAUGUUGAUAUGCUAAAGAAAUUUGCACAGCACUAAAGCAUGAGCUAGUUUCAUCUAAAUCUGUAAAAAAUAAAAAUAAAGAAAAAUUAAAAAAUAUAAAAGAUUUUAUAUUUUUUCACUGGGGAGGAAUUCUUCCUGGGUGAAAUUACAAAUAUGUGUAGAAUAUAUUUAAUAAAAAUCUUAUAAAAUACAUAACUAUAGAAGUUAAAUAUAGAUUGGCGUGUAGUAUAAUAGAACAAUAUUCCAUAUAAAUAGCUUUAGCCUUUAAAAAACUGAGUCACAGGUUGACAUUGUGUUCUGUACUUAAGUGUCCACAACUCUUACAGAUGUUCUGUGUAAUCGUUUUUCCGAAUGAUUGGCAUCAUUCAAAUGUAAACAGGUUAUUUUAUUCAUUGUUACUGCUUUGAUGAAAUGCUUUAUAUGCAGUAGAUUUACAAAAAUAUUGUUCAUACUGAUCAGAAUUAAAUUUGUAUAGAGCAGAGUUUUAAAACAAAUUGUAAAUAGCACUAAACAUUUUCUUUCUGCAACCUGUACUGAUAGACUCUUCUGUAAACUAAAUAAAAGAAUAUUGUAGUGCA